UGAAUCAGAAUCUGGUUUGGUGUUUCCUCCUCCUCCUGCUGCAGGACUCGGAGCUUCACUUCAGUUUGUUUUGAACUCGCUGAGUUCAGUUUUACUCUUCUGUUGGUUCUCUCGGGUUGGUCGUCAUGCUCCAUCGUUGUUUCCUCGUCAUCGCCCUGUACUCUUUGGCCCCGCCCCUGCUGGUUGCACAGGAAACCUGCCCGGCAACAGGGAUUCCCGGGAUGCCAGGUAUUCCUGGGACGCCUGGCAGAGACGGACGAGACGGAGAGAAAGGAGAGAAAGGACAGCAGGGAGCGGAGUGGGCAGGCGGCCUCGGCCCUCAGAAGGGACUGAAGGGGGAGCCGGGGCUGUUGGGGUUUCCUGGUAAACGAGGAGAGAGCGGGGACCCCGGAGAACCAGGGGACCCGGGGAGGGACGGACUGGCCGGGGAACCAGGAGAAGCCGGGAGCGCGGGGGUCCAGCAGCGGGCGGCGUUCAGCGUCUCCAGGUUAACCAGCGAGUUCCCGGACAGAGGCAGCGUCAUUCAUUUCCUCAAGGUCAUCACCAACAUCAACGAUGACUUCAACACCGCCACGGGACACUUCAGGUGUCGCGUCCCGGGGACCUACUACUUUGUGUACCACUCGUCUUUAGAGGACCGUCUGUGUGUUCUGAUGAAGAUGGACGACACGCUGCUGACCUCGUUCUGUGACCAUCGCCGCACCAGGAGACAGGUGACGGCGGGCGGCCUGGCGGUCUACGUGUCGCAGGGUCAGGAGGUCUGGCUGGAGACCAAAGACUACCGAGGGAUGGUGGGGAUGACGGCCGGGUACAGCAUCUUCUCCGGCUUCCUGCUGCGAGCUCACUGAGGACGUUAAUAACAGAGUUACAGCAACACAAUGAUCUGAAACAUGGAUCAAUAAUGUCUUCUCUGCCUUCAUUCUGACCAUUAAACCUUUUAAAAAAGGACACAUUUCACAUUUUCUUUUCUUUCAUCUAUCUAGGUAAAUCCUUGAUAUUAUAAAAACUUCUUUAGGAGAAACCUGGUCAACAAAGCUGCAUAAAAACAUUGUUAUACAACAAUAACACGUUAUGAGAAAAUACAAUUAUUGAACAAAUCAUUUUAUACUUUUAUACAAAUGAAUACACAAGUCUUGUAUUAAAAUGGCAUUGAGAAAAUCCUUAAAGUGCCAUAAAAGGGUAUUUUAGACUUUAUAUUAUGGGAUGAAUAAUUUACUUUGUCACCUUUAAAACAUGUGAUGCAAUGAUUUUAUCUUCUCUGACUGUCAGAAAACAGAUACUCUGAACUGUAAAAACCAAAUAAACACAAAUAAACAGCUGAUAAAAAGA